GUUCAGAGGUCGGAACGGAGCGGAAGUUGUUGGCUGCUUCUGCCGCUGGAUCAAGUGCAGGCAGCUUUUAGCAGAAGCUAACACGCUUCUUCUCGUCUUUUAGCUGUCUGUCACUGGAAAAUAAUAAAAUGAAAACGUUCAAAAUGUGCGAGAGAUGAAACCGGCACGUCUACUGAAAUGAUUCACACCGGCUUCGCCUCUAGAGAAGAGGAUAAGCUAACGUAAAGAAACCCGGAAGUGUUGUUGAAGCUCCCAGCAGCCACAGACACAAUGAGUGCCAAAUAUGGCCUGGUGGGCUACAACAGUUCACGGAAGCACAUUUCAAUCUCCAUCCCAUCGUCCACAGAGGUGAUGUCGCCCCACAUAAAGUCUGUGGAGGAGCUGAGGGUGCUGGGAAUCAACCUAAGCAGCUUCAGUUCCCCCACACAGUUCUUCAUCUGCGUGGCUGGAGUCUUCGUCUUUUACCUCAUCUAUGGAUACCUACAGGAGUUGAUAUUUUCAGUGGAAGGAUUCAAGCCUUUUGGUUGGUACCUCACACUGGUCCAGUUCGGCUUCUACUCCAUUUUUGGACUAGUGGAGCUUCAGCUCACACAGGACAAACGCAGAAGGAUACCAGGGAAGACCUAUAUGAUUAUAGCAUUUCUAACAGUGGGCACUAUGGGCCUCUCCAAUACCUCUCUGGGCUACCUGAACUACCCUACACAGGUCAUCUUCAAGUGCUGUAAACUCAUCCCAGUCAUGAUUGGGGGAGUGUUUAUACAAGGUAAACGCUAUAAUCUGGCUGAUGUGUCUGCUGCUCUCUGCAUGAGUCUGGGACUCAUCUGGUUUACGCUAGCCGACAGCAAAGUGGCCCCCAACUUCAACGUCACAGGUGUUCUCCUCAUCUCCCUGGCACUGUGUGCAGACGCCGUCAUUGGAAACGUGCAGGAGAAAGCAAUGAAACUCCAUAAUGGCUCCAACUCUGAAAUGGUGCUGUACUCGUACUCCAUCGGUUUUGUCUACAUACUGACAGGCCUGCUCUGUGUGGGUGGGCUGGGUCCAGCAGUGGCAUUUUGCUCAGAGCAUCCAGUGAAGACAUAUGGUUAUGCGUUCUUCUUCUCUCUUACGGGUUAUUUUGGAAUCUCCUUUGUGCUGGCCUUGAUCAAGCUCUUUGGUGCCCUGGUUGCAGUGACAGUGACCACCGGGAGAAAGGCCAUGACGAUCGUUCUUUCCUUCAUGUUUUUCGCAAAGCCUUUCACUUUUCAGUACAUCUGGGGCGGCCUUCUGGUGCUCUUCGGCAUCUUCUUGAAUGUUUACAGUAAAAACCGAGAGAAAAUGAAACUUCCCACCGUCAAGGACCUCAAGAGCUGGCUGCUGACAGGAAAGAAAGUCCGAUUUCUGUCACAAAACGUAUAGGAGGCACCCAGAGGCAUAGCAGAAGUCCUGCGCUGGCAGACUAUACGUCUGUUCGGUUGGCCCACCUGUCUCAGGCGAUAUGCUGAAGCACGUGCCCGAGCUAUAAGCCUCAUCCCCACAACAUUGAGCCAAGGAUGGGUAUACGGAGUCUGACCACCAAUCAGCCUCAAAGUCAGCUCACACGCGAUUAAGCUACGAUGGGUGUUGAGCCGCUGUGUCACGUGUCAAUCUACCACUACGCCAUUGGUGUAGAACUUAGUCAACUCUCAAACUCUCUGCAGCAAACUGAAGGAACUCUGUCUUUUACAAAGGGAUCAGUGCUAGCAGGUUCUUCAAAAAGCAAUGAUUCAGAGCCCCCACAGAAACACAGAGGAGGACAACCCUUAGGACUUUUAAGACUCUCUAAAGGGAAGCCAGCGCCUUAGCUAACCAAAUUGCAGAGUUUUGCACUGGAAAUGACUUGCACACUUAAACCCUCGAGUCGUUGGGGGGGAGAAAACUGAAACGUUGGAAGAAAAGAGCACAGAGCAACAUGUUAACCUGCCCUGUCUGAAAUGAAUGUUUGUCCCCCACCUUAAUCGAGGGGGGAAAAAAAACAACAUAUUGAUUAAAAAGGCAUAUUUGCCCCCGCAUGUGCCAGAAAGGCAUAACAAAAUGUUGUUUUACCUAAUCAUUGUCUUGAUAAAAGCUUUUCUCAUAGUUUAUUGGUAAUUUAUAUCUGACUGUGCCCUAAAAUGUGGGGUCUGUGUGAUCAGAAGGUGGGGGGAAAAAAUGGAGACAUUUUUUUCUUGUGUACAUCAAAAUUGUGAUAAACUGCCAUAAUUUGCUAACCAUGUUUGGGUGAAAGGGUACCAUUCUUUUUACAUUAAAACAAACAGAGACGUUCCUCUUCUUCAAGGUGUGUGUGUGUGUGUGUGUGUAUGUGUGUGUGUGUGUUCGUUCGUGUUCCCUCCCCUUGCACCGCUUGAGAGAAGAGUUGAAAUGUUGCCAAACUGUGUGUGUGUUUAUCCAUCCAGUGGCCUUAGGCAUGUUUGAUUACGAGUCCUGAAAAAAAGAUACCACUGCUACACAGAAAAUAAACAGCACUCUUCACUGUGCCUAGGCUGUCCUAUUCACUUGGAUGUAUCUGUGUGUGUCAUUCACCUGGUUCUUCAUCAAUACACUUCCUCUGUUGAACCAUU